UGAAUGUAUAUGAUUUCAAGAGAAGUCAACAAUUUAAACUAGGAUAGGAAAAUAUCUGUGUAAAGUUUGACGAAACUGACCAGAAAGGUUUCAAGGGGUUGAAAUGUUUAAAGUAACUGUAAGCGAAAAAUCUGAAAGUAAACUUGAAGGAAUGCAUAUACAAGUUGUCUCACAUUCUCUUCUCUCUGAAUAUUACAGACGGAGAGGCGAAAAUCUGGCACAAGUACAACAAAAGGGUUUACACAAGCCCUUUCUCAAAGUGUUUAUAUAGGAAGUAAUAAAAAAAGGAACUGUGUUUCUGUUGCGUGUGCAGAGUGAUUUUCCCGUUCAACAAAGCCACUGCCACAUAAAUGCUAUGCACAAACACAUACAUACUAUACAGGGGUAUAGUCUUGAGAGUUUCUCCAAACUGAUUCAUAUCUCAUUAUAGUUGGUGUUAGAGAGGACAAGGGUUGGUUUGACUUGUUGAAUGAUAUACCUGUAUUUAAGCUUAGAUCACCGAGCUGCUGUGCCUAACAACUACCACCCCAUGGCAGAGAGAGCAAUGAUGCAGGAGGGAAGAGCAACCCCUGACCAGACUCUCUCUACAGCGCCCCAUGUGUUCCAGAUGAGUACUAACGCUGUCCCACCCAGAAGGACUUUGGUUGAGAGGGGGGCAGAGGCAAUGCCAAUUCCAACAGGGGCAGGUAAUGAAAUGCUGGACACUGUUUUGACCCACGAACAACUUUUAGCAACAUACUUCUACGUAAGAUGUCUGCUGGAUGAAGCCGAGCAGCGUGCCAAGGCUGGCAGGGUCCCAAGACCACAUGAUGACAUCACUGAGGUCCAAGCUGAGUUCCAGUCUGCAGAAGUGAGCCUUCAGGUACAGGGAGUGGGAAGUACAUCAAUUGACUCUCUUAACAGGCGUCCUAUGUCCACUGGAGAGACCCUCCAUGAGCAGCCAAACAAGCUCCCAGAGGGGGGUGUCGACACAAGGGUGUAUCUACUGACUGAAAAAGGACUGAAGGAUCUCGUGAGAGAAGUUGGAAAAGGAGCUCGCAAAGAAUGCAAGAAAGGAAAACAAUCUUCGACCAUCCCCCUUCCAACUGCCUCAUGCGAUCCACCUACUGGCCAGGAAGAUUGGCCGCCCCCUUACGAGUGGGGGAAUGGAGGUCAAAGGGUAAUGACAGAGGCCAGGCUGUCCCGAGGAAACCCCACCCUGCAACAAGGUAAAAAAGUACGGUUUUGCUGGGGAUGUGGAGAAAGUGGACAUUAUAAGCAGUCCUGCCCCGGCCAAAGACAGAAUGACACCCCAGUCAGAGUUCCAGUGACGGAGGGCAGUGGGCAGCCACCUAGAGCAAGUUACGUAUGGGCACAGCCACAAGCGGAGUUAAUGCCGCCGCCAUGCUGCCAAAGGGCUCUAACACAUCUGAGACGGCACACCAUACAUGAUAAUGCAAAACCAGACGAAUGUUGUUUCAGGAACCCAGUGGUGUGAAUGAUUUGCUGUGGUGGACAGGACUAAAACAGGUACAGUUAUUAAAGUUUGAUUAAACAUCCCCAAACUCUGCUUGAAAUUAGGAGAUUUAAAGAAGAGGUAAAAAUAUUAUGAAAUAUGUGAAGGAAUAUGAAGAAUUUGGGUUG